AUGUUUCCCGGGUCACCACUUAUAGGAAGCAGCAGGUCGGAAUUGUCCAGGUCCUCCAAAGUAGUGUCUUCCCCGACGAUCUCGCUCAAUUCCAGCGACGAGCCCUGGUGGAACAGCUUGUGGUACGAUAACGACCCGCCGAUCCCCGCCAACAGCACAUGCUGGCCCUUGGGCGUAGUGAUUCCAAACACAUUGCCAUCGUCGAUCACGUGCAGAAGCAAGCUCCUCGAGCAGCUUGUAAUUACGUUUUUGGAUAGCACCGUUUCCAGGAAGACGGGUCUGGCCCAUAAGGUAUUGGUCAACCUCACGUGCACACUGUCUUCCUUCCUGGAUACCCCAGACAACCAAAGACUGUCCUCUUCUACAGUCUCCAGCUGCAAACAGGUUUCCUUCACCAUCAACACGGUAUCCGUUAGGAUCGGUCGUGGCAACGUUUCCACGUGCAGUACGGCUCACUUGCAAGUUAUCGGCUUCUGGGCCAAUGAAUCCCAUGGAAAGAAGAACAACUUCUGCAGCAAAGAACUCUUCAGAUCCUGGAAUCUCGGCCAUCUGCCAAGCACCCGAGUCAGACCGUUUCCAUUCGACUCUCACGGUCUUGAUACCCUUGACGUUUCCGUCUUCAUCACCAACAAACUCCUUGGACAAAAUACAGUAUUCUCUUGGAUCCUUACCGUAGUGCUCCUUCACCUCAGUGUGACCGUAGUCGACUCUGAAGAUUCUUGGCCAUUGUGGCCAUGGGUUGUCCUUGCCUCUCUCUUCACCAGGUGUAGGCAACAGCUCGAAGUUGGUCACAGACUUGGCUCCAUGACGAGUGGCAGUUCCCAAACAGUCGUUACCGGUAUCACCUCCACCAAUAACAACAACGUUCUUGCCCUCGAUCUUGGCUCUGAUCUCCUCCAAGUUCUCCUCGAGCAAUGCUUGUGUAUUCGACUUGAGCAAAGUCAUAGCAAAGUCGAUGUUUUGGAACUCUCUUCCUGGAAUCUUCAAGUCUCUUGGAAUGGUCGAUCCAACACACAUCAAAACGGCGUCGUUUUCUCUUCUGAGUUCGUCGACAGUAACAUCCUCUCCAAUGGUGGUACCACAAACAAAGGUGAUACCUUCAGCCUCCAUCAGAUCGGUUCUUCUCUUGACAAUACCCUUGUCAAGCUUCAUGUUUGGAAUACCGUACAUCAGCAAUCCACCAGGACGGUCAGCUCUCUCGUAAACCGUGACAGAGUGCCCGGCCUUGUUCAGUUGAUCAGCAGCUGCCAAUCCGGAAGGUCCAGAUCCAAUAACAGCAACCUUCUUACCAGUUCUGACGGUAGGUGGCUCAGGCUUGAUCCAACCUUGCUGGAAUCCGUAGUCAAUGAUACCUGCCUCAAUCGACUUGAUACCAACUGGUGCAUUACCAGAAACAUUCACCACACAGGCACCCUCACAAGGAGCAGGACAGAUCUUAGAAGUGAACUCUGGGAAGUUGUUGGUCAUCAAAAGUCUCUGCAAAGCAUCGUACCAUCUGUCCUUAAACACAAGCUCGUUCCAUUUAGGAAUGACGUUCGAGAUUGGACAUCCGGUAUCACUUUGACAGAAUGGAACACCACAGUCAAUACAUCUGGCAGUUUGGUAGUGCAAGUCUUCCUUGGUCAAUCUGCUAGAAAGCUCUUUCCAAUCAUUGGUUCUGGUCUUGGCAGGUCUGUAUGGCUCGUGUCUUCUCUUGUACUUGACGAAUCCACCGAGCUUGUCCAGCUUGACAGCCUUAGACUCUUCAGCCUUGAUGUCAAUGAUGGUGUCCUCAAGAUCCAUGACCUUUGGCUCCUUUGCAGCGCUGGCAGCAGAGACACGCUUAGACUUUGGUCUAGAAAACUCACCGUUGGUGACAUCAGCCUCUGGAUCCUCCUUGAUGGUGGAGAAGUAGGAAGAAGCUUCCUUUUCCUUGAGUUCCUCUUGCUUCUUAGCCUCAGCUUCCAAAACCUUCUUGUAGUCAACAGGCAGCACCUUGACGAAUCUAGACAAGAAUCUGUUGAAGUUAUUCAGGAUUCUGUCAGCAAUCUCGGAUCCAGUGUAGUGUCUGUGAUCCUCGAGAAGACCUCUCAAGAAAGCAAUUUCAGAUGGGUCGGUAAUCGAUCCAAGCUCAACCAUCUCCUUGUUGACCUUCUCUUCAAAGUCCUGAGCCAUGUCCAAAACGUAAGCAAUACCACCAGACAUACCAGCAGCAAAAUUACGUCCAACAGAUCCAAGAACAACAACUCUUCCACCAGUCAUGUACUCACAUCCAUGGUCACCAGUUCCUUCAACAAUGGCGGUAGCACCAGAGUUUCUAACGGCGAAUCUCUCGGCUGCAAUACCUCUGAAGAAGGCGGUACCAGAUGUAGCACCAUACAAACAGGUGUUACCAAUAAUGAUGUUCUCCUCAGCCUUGAACUUGGAGUCCUUAGGUGGAUAGACAAUCAGUCUUCCACCAGACAAUCCCUUUCCGACGUAAUCGUUACAGUCACCUUCAAGCUCCAAGCUGAUACCAGAAGCAAGGAAGGCACCAAAGGAUUGACCUGCAGAUCCUCUAAUAUUCACAUGAAUAGUGUCAUGAGGCAAGCUCUGUGGACCAAAACGUUUGGAGCAUCUGUAAGAAAGAGUAGUACCGAUAGAUCUAUCGGUGUUGAUAGCCUCAGCCUCAAUGGUGACAGGCAGACCCUUAUCAAGAGUAACCUCGGCCUCAUCGAUAAGCUUGUUGUCCAAUCUGACAUGCAAUCUGUGAUCCUGUUUCUUGAUACAUCUGGUAGCAACACCUGGUCUGAUGGUGUGGGCAGGAGUAAGAAUUGGAGACAAGUCGAUGUUGGCAUUCUUGGUGGUUCUCAAAUCAUCUCUAACGUAAAGCUUUUCGGUUCUACCAACCAUCUCGUCGAUGGUUCUGAAACCAAGCUUGGCCAUGAUUCCUCUCAGCUCGUUAGAAACGUAGUAGAAGAAGUUGAUAACGUGCUCAGGAGUUCCCUUGAAUUGUUUUCUCAAAACAGGGUCUUGAGUAGCAAUACCGACUGGACAAGUGUUUGUGUGACAUUUUCUGUUGAAAACACAUCCCAUGGAGAUCAAUGGAGCGGUAGCGAAACCCCACUCUUCUGCACCAAGCAAACAUGCAAUAGCAAUGUCUCUUCCGGUCUUGAGUUGACCAUCGGUCUGAACAGUGACUCUUCCUCUCAAGUCGUUCAAAACAAGAGUUUGGUGAGUCUCAGCAAGACCAAGCUCCCAUGGCAAACCAGCAUACUUGAUACCGGUCCAUCUGGCAGCACCGGUACCACCAUCGUGUCCAGAAAUCAGAAUGUGGUCUGCCUUGGCCUUAGCGACACCAGAAGCAAUGAUACCAACACCAACUUCAGAAACAAGCUUGACGGAAACUCUAGCUCUUGGAUUAGCACACUUCAAGUCGUAAAUGAGCUGCUUCAAAUCCUCAAUAGAAUAAAUAUCGUGGUGAGGAGGUGGAGAAAUCAACCCGACACCUGCGGUGGAGUGCCUGGUCUUGGCAAUGUUGUUCGAAACCUUGUAACCUGGCAAUUCACCACCUUCACCUGGCUUGGCACCUUGGGCCAUCUUAAUCUGCAACUCAUCGGAGUCAGCAAGGUAAUAAGAAGUAACACCAAAUCUACCAGAGGCAACUUGCUUGAUCGAAGAUCUCAUGGAGUCACCGUUCUCAGAACGUCUUGA